GGAGCAACAACAACACUGCGGCCGGCCGGGGCUUUUCUCCUGAGGAGACCAGGGGACACUAGAGGACCGUCCUGCAGGAUAAGGGCGCGCCUAAACCGCCACAUUCAUGUGUUGUGAUUGAUCCCCCCCUCCCCUCCCCUCUCGUGCGUACGAAAAUCUUGCAUAGAUUUAGGAGAUAUGUUGCGGCGAGUUGUGCGACAGAGCAAGUUCCGGCACGUGUUCGGCCAGGCCGUGAGGAACGACCAGUGCUACGAUGACAUCCGCGUGUCCAGGGUCACGUGGGACAGCUCCUUCUGUGCCGUCAACCCAAAGUUUGUCGCCAUCAUCAUCGAGGCGAGCGGAGGAGGAGCCUUCCUCGUGCUUCCCCUGCAGAAGACUGGACGUAUAGACAAGGUCUACCCGACAGUCUGCGGUCACACGGGCCCCGUGUUGGACAUCGACUGGUGUCCUCAUAACGACCUUGUCAUCGCUAGCGGCUCCGAGGAUUGCACUGUCAUGGUGUGGCAGAUCCCCGAGAACGGCCUGGAGACGUCCCUCUCGCAGCCCGUGGUGGUGUUAGAGGGCCACUCCAAGAGGGUUGGCAUCGUGUCCUGGCAUCCCACCGCUCGCAACGUUCUCCUCAGCGCAGGGUGCGACAACCAGAUCAUCAUCUGGAACGUGGGCACGGGGCAGGCCAUGAUCAACCUGGAGGACAUGCACCCCGACGUCAUCUUCAGCGUCAGCUGGAGCCGCAACGGCAGCCUGCUCUGCACCGCCUGCAAGGACAAGAAGGUCCGCGUCAUCGACCCCCGCAAGAAGAAGGUGGUGACGGAGAAGGACAAGGCGCACGAGGGAGCGCGACCGAUGAGAGCGAUCUUUUUAGCAGAUGGAAGCAUUUUCACCACCGGAUUCAGCCGCAUGAGCGAGCGCCAGCUAGCUCUGUGGAAAUCUGACAACAUGGACGAGCCGAUCUGCGUGCAAGAGAUGGACAGCAGCAACGGCGUCCUGCUGCCCUUCUACGACCCAGACACCAACGUCGUCUACCUGUGUGGAAAAGGAGACAGCAGCAUUCGGUACUUUGAGAUCACUGACGAGGCCCCGUUUGUUCACUACCUCAACACCUUUUCCACCAAGGAGCCCCAGAGGGGGAUGGGGUACAUGCCCAAGCGAGGCCUGGAUGUCAACAAAUGUGAAAUCGCGAGGUUUUACAAAUUACACGAGAGAAAGUGUGAGCCGAUCAUCAUGACAGUCCCGCGUAAGUCGGACCUGUUCCAGGACGACCUGUACCCCGACACGGCCGGGCCCGACCCGGCCCUGGAGGCGGAGGAGUGGUUCGCCGGCAGGAACGGGGGCCCGAUCCUGAUCUCGCUCAAACACGGCUACGUCUCCACCAAGAACCGCGACCUGAAGGUGGUCAAGACCAACGUGCUGGAGAGCAAGCCGGCCACGAAAGCGGAGCCCGUCUCCACCGUCCAGAAGCACGCGCCUCCACAGCCGUCCGUCAAAAUAGAAGACAAACUGGAAGAGGUACUCCGAGAGUUCAAGUCACUCAGGGACCGCGUCAUCCUUCAGGACCGCCGCAUCGCCAGACUGGAAGAGCAGGUCGCCAAGGUCGCCAUGUAGGACGCCCGACCGCUCGCCGGUUCCAGGAGAGGAUCGAGCGGAAACGGGGUCAGCCACGGCCAAAACGUCUCACUAUUCGGCUUCACGGAGGGCUUGGCGCCAUCCGAGCGAUGCGGCCAAGCCGACAUUCCAACACGGACUUUAUUUUUCCUCAUCAAGCCUCCCGUUUCACACUCUGCCCCAGAACGCACCGAGAAAAGGAAACGACUCUCAGCUCAUGUCCACCUCUGAAGAAAAGACAUUUUUGUUGAUGGGAAAAGUCUUAAAUCUCCUUUUUUUUUUUUGUUUUUUUUUUUGUUUUUGUGGUAAAACAUUCUUAUGUGAAGUUUGUAAUUACUACUCAAAAACUGUAUGUAGCAUCAGUAUUUCCAUUGUUCUCUAUUUUUUUUUUGUGUGUGUGUUGCCAAAUAUGACGUGUGCGGUUUCAUGCACUGCUUUUACAUUUACUUUUUUCAUUUUCUUCCUGUUGUACAUUCCAGUUACAACCUGGUAGAACAAUAUAUAUAUAGUCGAAGCUGGAUUUUUUUUUUUUUUUUAAACGAUAGCUGUUGAACUUUUAGCCCCGUUUGCUCAUCGAUAUCCAUCAGAUUCAUGAAUGUGGAAGAAUUCCUUUGGAAACAUUUUUGUUCCUGUUUUUCUGGGCUUUGAGAUUUAACAGUGGGUUUUAAUUGGUGGGGGGUGGGGGUGGGGGGGGGGGGUUGCAUCUCUCUGGUGUAAAUGUUGUGCGAAAUGUUAGUGGUGCCUCUUGUCACUGUUCGGGGUGGAACCGCAGUUCGCCCUCUCCAGUGCGUCUUGGUGUCGGGAAGGGACCACUCACCCAGCUUGUGUUUCACUGAACCCCGAAAAACAGUUCUGUGCACAUAAUAAAAAAAUUUUCCACAUGAA